AGAGAUGUGAAGGAAGAAUAUUGCGUUAAGGAAAGAAUAGGCAUGGGGAAAUUCACUAAGGUAGCGUCUUCUGAUGAGGCAUGGAGUACGGAAGAGGCGAAGUCAUUGGAUGCCGCGAAAGCUGUAGUAUUGAUGAUAGAGAAACAUGAAUCUUUUCUGAGAGGUUCCAAGGAAGAUCUGAAAUUAUGCUCCAGGCUGAAGGAUCUCAAGAUUCGAUGGGAUAUUAUCAAAGAGUACAAUCCAAGUGAUGACAUUUUUCCCGCCAAUGUCAAUUCCCAUAUUCGGGAGAGUCUGCAAUGUGAGAUUGCUCAAAAGGAGAGCAAAGUGGGAGAGAUUUUGGAAAACCUUAACCAGUCUCUGAAAUGCGUGGAAGAAGCUGUAAAUGCUGUUGAAAUGAGCCUGCAGAAUAUUGUAGUUACUGAAAAUCCAUCACAUCAGCGGCAGGAACUUAUGAGAUUCCUCAGCUACAUUCUCGACACCUCACUGAGCAUAUUGGCAUAUUACACUAAACUGCAGACGGAUAUUGAGUUGCUGACAAUUACAAAUUUCGCAGCUUUGGGCAAUUUCGAGGGGGUGGAGAAGAACUCGAAGAAUUUCGCCCAGUUUGUCAAUGAAUUUCUCAGUCGGUGCCACAUGGAGACUCUGCUGAAGUAAUUGAAUUUGACUGGCGGAGGGGAAAAGAAAUGGGGAGAGGAAUACAGGAGAGAGCGCAUGAUUUAUCGAUCCACAGGAGCUUUUAUGCGCGGCCAUUUCCAAGCUCGCACCGUGAAUAUCGUCCGACUCUCACGCAUUUUUUCCAGAAAUAUUUUGACCUCCGUACCUGUUGGUUCUUUAAAAUAAUUUCACUUUACAAUCACGCAAUAAAGUCACUGAAAACUCAUAGUGUUUGUAGUUGAUAAAAGUGCUCUCUUGUGGAUGAUUUUUCUCUCUGGUGCUCGUGCGACUGUAGCCAGAGUCCCAAUUGUGCUAGUGAUUAGGGAAAUGUAGGGACAUUAGGAUGAUUUGGCGAAAAUGAAGGGGAAAAGUGUGGAAAUUUCCAUGAGAUUGCCAAUUUGAAGAUUGUGUGGGAGUUGCGAAAGAACAACGACGAAGAGGUGGCGAGAAAAGUAGGGAGCUUUCUCCAUGCUUUUUGAGCUUUCCCCCAUAAAUUCAUUACAUAACUAACUCUCAGCCUCUGAAAAUGUGCUUCGAGUGAUGCCUGUGAAUUCAAUGUGAAAAGGAAACUCUUUCCGAGAACAAUUAACAUAGUGAAUAAAGUGCUUUUCGUGUAAUGUGAAAUUAUAAAAAAUAUACCGUCUUCUUUUCAAUGUGCUAUGAAAGGAUAAGCAAUGUCCCUAAAGGCUUCUAUCUAAAAGCGUGCACGAGUGAAUGAAGUAAUAAAGAGUUUAUUGCAGCGUCCCAUGGGAAAUUACAGAAUACCGCGUGAAAUGAGGACAAAGUUCUCUUUUUCUGCUCACACAAAAUGUACAUAUUUUCAAAGUUCUGUUUUUCUUUCCACUUGACAAAACAUUAACUGUUGUAAUGUGACUUUAUUGAUUUUUCCACACCAUAAUUCGAUUUUUCCUCCUGCGCGAUACUUUCUUUCCUGCUAACGAUCCGUCCUCUCACUUGAAUUUCUUUACAUGUAGCAAAUAUUUCUAAAAUGUUCUCUUCUCUGUCUCUCUCAAUCGCAACAGCACACGAAAGCUCUCGCGGCAGGACAUAGAAUUCACAUUAGAUCACCCUCAGAGCACGGGGUGAGAUGAGACUAGUGGCAAAAACCCACCUCAUUUAGAGCACAAGACGACACACAAUGUUGUGAAAGCUGAUGAAAAAGCACCAUUGCACGCUGUUCUCACUUGCACAAGAGACUUUCUUGCACCGCCUUUAACGGAUCACGGCGACAAAUUGUGGCAUCUCCCCUUUUAUCGCUCCUGUCUCGUCUCGAGAGCAACAAAACUAGGAUUACCAUUUGCAAAGAGAAUUUAAAGUAGCGCUAGAGAAUGGCCAACACAGCACACUUGUUCCGUAGACAAAGCUCACGAGAUCUGGUGCCAUCGUCGCCUAGAACUCUGGACAAUUUAGAGCUGAAGGAGUUGCGUGGGAGGCUCGUGAGGGCGGAAAAUGGCUCGAGAAUUUCCAUGUAUGGCGCCACAAAUCAGGCAUUUCAGUCUGACACAAAUGACCCGCAGCCAAUUUUGCCAGAGAUUAAGGAGGCGACAAAUGAGGCGCCCGCUGACCAGGACAUCUGCCCAGAACGGCCAGAGGAUGAGCGCGAGAGUUGGGACAGCAAACUCACUUUCCUCCUCGCCACCAUCGGCUACGCCGUGGGCCUGGGAAAUGUAUGGCGCUUCCCGUACUUGGCGCAGAAGAACGGCGGCGGUGCCUUUCUCGUGCCCUACUUCAUCAUGCUCGCCAUCCAGGGCAUUCCCAUCUUCUACCUGGAACUCGCGAUCGGCCAGCGCCUCCGCAAGGGCGCCAUCGGUGUGUGGCAGCAAGUGUCCCCCUUCUUGGGCGGCAUCGGCAUCUCCUCGGCUGUGGUGAGCUACGUUGUGGCGCUCUAUUACAACACAAUCAUCGCCUGGUGCCUCAUCUACUUCCUGCACAGCUUCGAGUCGCCACUGCCAUGGGCUGAAUGUCCCAAGCGCCUCUACAAGAACUUCACGUACGAUCUCGAGCCCGAAUGUGUGGUGAGUAUUAUUGAUUUUUCCUCACUUUUUCAUCCGACUGACCUAAAAAUCCUCGCAAUAUUUCAGAGCUCCUCACCGACUCAGUACUACUGGUACCGCUCAACUCUGAUGUCCUCACCGAGCGUGAAUGAACCGGAAGUGUUCAACUACAACGUAGCGAUUGCCCUCAUCCUGGCCUGGUUUCUCGUGUACAUGUGCAUGGUGCAGGGAAUUACCGAGUCCUCAAAGGUCGUCUACAUCACCGCAAUUUUCCCCUAUGUCGUUCUCAUCAUCUUCUUCUUCCGCGGCAUCACGCUGAAAGGUGCCGGCGACGGAUUAAAACACCUCUUCACGCCCCGCUGGGAAACCCUCGCUGAUCCUGUGGUGUGGUUAGAAGCGGGAACGCAAAUAUUCUUCUCUCUUGGACUCGCUUUCGGCGGACUGAUUGCCUUCAGUUCAUACAAUCCGGCCAACAACAACUGCUAUCGCGAUGCUCUGCUCGUGUCCAUGACAAAUUGCUGCACAUCAAUGUUUGCCGGCGUGGUUGUGUUCUCGGUGAUUGGCUUCAAAGCCACAGCCACAUUCGACAAAUGCAUGGAUGAGAAGAACAGUCUCAUUGCCCUCAAUAAGACAUCAGAUCUGCCCAUAUGUGACCUGCAAAAGGAAUUGGAUAAUAGUGCAUCGGGAACUGGCUUGGCUUUUAUUAUCUUCACGGAGGCCAUCAAUCAAUUCCCAGGAGCACAGCUGUGGGCAGUUCUCUUCUUCCUCAUGCUAUUCACCCUGGGCAUUGACUCGCAAUUUGGCACACUCGAGGGCGUUGCCACAUCCCUCGUGGACAUGAAGCUCUUCCCCAAUGCCUCCAAGGAAGUCAUCGUUGGGGCACUCUGCUUCACGUGCAGCGUUUUCUCAAUGGUGUUCGCACACGGUGCUGGAAGUUACAUCUUCCAGCUCAUGGACAGCUUCGCCGGCAAUUUUCCCCUCCUCAUCAUUGCUUUCUUCGAGUGUCUAUCCGUGAGCUAUGUGUAUGGGAUAAAGCGAUUUGCGGAUGAUAUUGAAUUGAUGACAGGAUCUCGGCCGGGGCUAUACUGGAUGAUAUGCUGGAAGUAUCUCUCGCCCUUGGCCAUGCUCACCAUUCUCACGGCGUCCUUCUUCGAUCUGGCACUGCGCGGGAGCAGCUAUCCCGCCUGGAACAGCCUCAAGGGGGCCACAGAGACCUUCGAGUGGCCCCACUGGUGUAUUGCCAUUGCCAUAUUCCUCAUCCUCUCGUCAGUCCUCUGGAUACCAGGAGUGGCGAUUUGUCGGCUUCUGGGAAUAAACAUAAUUGAGGACACCGAUCCCGCCUGGUUUCCUGUCAAUGAACUCCGCGAGGUGCACGGAAUAGUGCCUGUGGAGCCCACAGAAGUGGAAAGAACGCUGUUCUGCAUUCAACCGGAUGGCUCCGAAGGAUUAUGUUGUCCCACAUAUUCUCUGCGAGAGGAAGCUCUCGAGGAAGAGGAGUAAACGUAAUUACUCUCUAGUUCUCCUAUUACAGCAAUUUUUCCUGUGAUUCUGUCGAGAUUGAUGUGAAGUUUGAACAAGAAAUUCGUGGGGAAAAAUGUGUCACUUGUCAGGCGAAAGAAAAAACACAGAGAAAGGAGCAAUGAGUUCAUAUAUAUGAAGAGAUAAAGAAACAGCAACCAUAUCAAAAAAUUCCAUAUCUAGCACUUUUCUUGUGACUCUUUUUUUGGGGAAAAACUCUUGUCAACACUUCCUCUUUGAAGACUGAAACAGUGUUAAUAGUAAGAGCGACAAAAACCUCACCGAAAGUGUGCUGAAGGAGGCCAAAGAAGCCACUCUUUCUCCAGCACACCCGCCAACUUUCCUCCCAACGUCAAUAUUCCACAAGAGUAAUAAUUUAAUUUUGCUGAAAAUUAAUUAAAUUGAUUCCGUCUCGAUGAAAAUUGUUUAUGGGCAGCAGAAGUGCUUGAUAAAUUGAUUAGGCAGGGCACAAAAACAGUGCACACAAAAGGGCAUGAUUAAUUUUUUUUUUUCUUCAAAUGUGAUGAGAACAAAUAUAUUAAUUAUACUAAUAGGGUUUACUGGAACGUGUAUUGGGAUACAAAACUCAUCUAAAGACAAAAAAUGUGCCGUUAACAUAUUGUGGCAACAAGUAAGAAUCUAAGACCUAAAAAAUACUAUUUCAUAUGAGGAAAGUAACCUAAUGGUGCCCACUCAUCUUUACGAUCCAACAUAUUUCGUAUUUGGUCUCUCUUUUUGUCAUUUCCGCAUCUCGCCAUGGUGGCUUUCGAGAUGUAUCUGUGGCAGAAAGACACCAAAUUAGACAGAUUGAAAAGGUGUAUGGACAGCAAAAGAUGAUAUAUGUGUGUGUUAUAAUAGACAUCAUUUAGCAAAAAUUAAAUCUAACAUAUAUUUCAAUCAUGAAGUCAAAUAUCUGUCCUUAAUUGUACGUCUUUGGUUGACUCUCAGAAAUAUUGUAAAUCACAGAAGGAAGGCUGAUAAGUGGUCUAUAGCCGGCAGACAUAAAAAUUACGUUAAACAUGAAUUUCUUUCAUUGUUAAAAAAAAAAAUCUAGCAAUAAACCGAGUAAUAAUUUAUGUAAAAAAUCAGAUUAAUUUAAUAAAAUAGUCAUUUUAGUGCGACUCUAUGCCUUUUGCAAGGAGUAAAAAUGUAAUGAUUUGCCUAAGUAGCGUGAGAUAUGAAAUAUCUCAACCACCGAUUAACUAAUGAAACCAAAAAGAGAAUAUUACGAAAAAUCAUCUUUAGUCAGUGAAUGUAUGUGUAUUAUAGGUAUUAUAUAAUUAUCAAAGCAUAAAAAAUGAGAAAUAUCCUAUUUAAAAUGUUGUUAAUGGUUCAAUUGUGCGUAUUAAGAAAUUUAAAGAGAAAAUUCAUGUUCUUAUAAAAUGACAAUAAAAUGUUGCUUCUGUAUAUCCUUGUUCGAAAAUUGAGAACAUGCAUUAUUUACAGAAAGAAACGACAUUAGGAAAAUAUAUUAUUGAAAAAAAAAAACCGAAAA